ACUAAAUCGGUCAUGAUGUCAGAUUAUAUCCCUAUUGAACUCGACCUCGAGAUAUUGUCGAGACUGCCCUCAAAGUCAAUCGCCAGGUUUAGUUGCGUGUCCAAGCAAUGGGAAUCAAUACUAGGUGGUCAAGACUUCAAAGAUCUGUUCCUGGCCAAGUCCUUAUCUCAGCCGCGUCUCUUAUUUGGCAUCGAAGAAAAGGGUCUGUGGAGUAUCUUCUCGGUGCCUCAGAAUCUGAGUCCAUAUGAGAAAUGUUCAUCGUCUCUUGCCGUAACCCCUGAGUUUCAUAUGAAGUUCCCUCCAGACGGUAUUCGGAUCCAUCAUUCUGGUCAGGAGUUUGCAUGUGGAUAUGUCUCUGGAUUGAUAUAUUUCUAUGGUAUGAAAACCCUAGGCAAACGCUGCGAUGGAGUGCCAGUGAUAUGUAGCCCUAAAACGGGACGGUAUGAGGCAUUACCAUAUAUCCGUAGGUACAGAAAGACGUACAGCUUUUUUGGGUUUGAUCCAAUUUACAAGAAAUUCAAGGUAUUGUUCAUGGCUUAUCCAUUUGGUCCUGAUGAUCAUAGAAUUAUGACAUUAGGAACUAUGGGAAUGAGGUGGAGAAAGAUCGAAUGUUCCUUACGGCAUGAGUGUGUGAGUUCAGGGAUAUGCAUUAAUGGGGUUUUGUAUUACUUAGGUGACUCUUCUACCUGUGUUAACAAGUCUGAGCAGAUGUCUGGUUUUGAUGUGUGCUUUGAUGUUAGGACUGAAGAAUUCAAGUUCAUUUAUCAAGAAAGCUCUUAAUUGAUAAACUAUAAGGGUAAAUUAGGUUUGGUUUAUUAUGAUGAUCACGUUGAUGAUACCAUUGAGUUGCGUGUGUGGGUUCUAGAGGAUGUGGAGAAACUGGAAUGGUCUAAGUAUGCCUACACUUUGAAGGAUGAUAGACUCUGCCUGCGCGACGUUUUCGUCGUUGGAGUGAGUUCUAAGGGUGAGAUGGUUUUGUCGAUGGCAAAGUAUACAUCUAAACAACCAUUUUAUGUUUUCUACUUUAAUCCCGAAACGAACACUCUCCAACGCGUUGAAAUCCAAGGUUUUGGAGAAUACAAUGAAUCCUCUGAUGAACCUAGAAGUGUCUAUGUCUUUGCAGACCAUGUAGAUGAUCUUAAUGUUCACGAUUCAAAGCUACUCAAGUCAAGCAUCUAUGUUCCAUAUGUUUAUAGAGAAGAAUCAGAAGAAGAAAAUAUGAUGAAAAUGGUGCUUGGUGUUUUUUGGUAAAAGGAAGAAGCUUGGAAAAGAGCAUGAGGAUAAAAACGAAGAAAUGAUGAAGAUGAAGAGGAAUAAAAGAUAGAGACGAUCAUUGUAGUUUGGUGAAAGCAAUGGGCAUGUCAUUGUGUGAUUUGAUCUAUGCGUUUAUAAUCUUUAGUUAUGUA